CGUCAACCUCAACCGUCUAUCUCUCUUUGAGUUUUAGUUCCUUUGUCAACAACUGUCGUUGUCUUCCCGGCGUAGUCGGGUGAUUCACGACACUAAAAACAUCUUGGAUUCUCUUCUUAACAGCUCCUUUCUGUUGGAGAUUUUUGUUCUCCCUCAUUUGUUUCCUUUCGCAAGUGUUUCCACACAAACCCCCAUUAAAUUAAGCUCGAAGCCUCUAUUUUCUUCAACAAAAUAACUUUUGCCCAAAUUGGAAAUUGUCGCAAUUCGGCACGGCAACCGUUCUCAUUCAUUCCUAACGAAAAUAAAAGAUUUGGAGGCCAGGUAGUUUCCUACAUAAACAAACAAAGAAGCCCUGAAGGGGAAGAGUGAAGCACGCGCAUCUACAGACGAAACACGGAUCGAGAGCCACACUGUCUACGGGGAAAGAAGAAACUGCUUUGUCGCACAAAGGCCCUGGACUCAACUCCCACCCCAAGUUUCUCAGCUUCGCGGUUGCUUUUCGGUUGACUCCUGCUUCGCCACGAACGUCAUUCCUUUACAAAGACCAGAUCGACCGGCGACCGUUUUUCUCUCCUCUUGUCUUUGAUUCAGUUUCAUUCUACCCUGAGUGUGUUGUAUACCAUCAAGGCCCCUCGCACACACAGCAGAUCAAAUAUCUUGACUCUGCCACACAGACGAAGCAGGUCGCGAUCGUUUUUAACUACAUUCGCCAAAAUCCAACCUAUCACCACGCUACUACUCCCGACGACGAACCACCAGGGACCGGUUGACAGACACUCGGACAGUGCUGUGAGCCAAAACUGAGACCGCAACCCGGCCCGCCCGAAGAGUUCGAGUAUCAUAUGAGCUAUCCGGCGGCGUGACACACAGACAGAUGUGAAUCGUUUUGGCCGUCAACUCUUCCAGGUUGUGCACUUCACUUUGAGACGCACGCACGCACGCGCAGCGGGAGCCUGCACUAGGUAGACUUUGACUGCAUCUGCAUGCGGCUUUGACUUUGACAUUCAUUUCGCCCAACAACAAAAUAAAAACUCGUCUAAGAUUAAAAAAAAACCACCAACAAAUCAAAACAAUCGACCAAGCGACAAGAACCUCACCUGACACCCAACUAGACAAACAAAAACCUGCGGUCUUCCACCCCCAACAAAAGGAAAUUACACCGAUUGAAUCUGUUCUCACCGAAAAAAAAACUACAACAUGUCCAUCACAAGGGCUUUUACCACCCGCAGGGUGAAGCAAAGCCUCGACCUCCGCGAUGCGGCAGAAGGUCUGGUCUCCCGUAGCAACACCACCAGCAAGUCGGGUAAGACACCAAAGCCGCUCAACUCGAUCAGGAACAAAAUCUCAGCCCCCGUCGAGCUGGUAUCAACAACAAACAUGCUCUCCUAUAACGCUCCGGACAUUUACCCCAAGGCUACAUCACCGAGCUCUUCGACGACCAGAUCCGACGACGAUUCCGACAGCGCACCAAGCAUCGCCAGCACUCCCCCGACGAGCCCUGAUUCUCCUCACCCCAAGAAGAGAACUGGAGAGCCGGAGCUUGAACCGAACCACCUCUCUUGUUACUUCACCGCCCCAGGCCAAGCGAUUGCCGGACCUUCGUCUUCUGGUGACGCGCCAGCGAUUCCCCAGAGGGCGCCUUCUCACACCAAGAAGCACUCGCAAGAGGUUCUGACGCGACAAAGGUCAAACUCGCGCAUGUCGGAGCAGUCAUCAAGGUCACUCUCCUCCAAAGCAAGCUUCAGCUUCUCGCGCUCUUCUUCGACCUCAACAAACACCAGCGUGGCCUCUCACACGUCGACCUCGUACGCCAAGGCACCACCGCCAGUUUCUCUAGCCAAUCAGACAACGCCUCUGUCAACCCCUCCCAUGGCACCCGUUUCGCACAGGCGGGAGCCAUCUGCUGCUGCGCACCCGUUCGGCCACGAGCUGGCCCAGGUCUCGGAGCUUGCAGAAGAGUACGGCUCCAGGGAGUCGCACCUCGUCAGCCAACAGGAGGAGCGUGAGAUCUUGCGCCAAGGUUACAAGAAGCUCAGCCCGCAGGACUACCUCUCCGACGUACAAGACCUCUACAAGGCGUUUUUCGGCGAGGAGAAGCCCUCGAGGCCGAUGUGGAUCUAAGAAAUUCUCAUCAAUUUCAGAGGACACAGCCGCAAAUUCUGUAUAUAUUUGGCUAUUUGGCGUCCUUUUACCUUCUCUUCUCGACAUUAGGGUUGAAUGCCCUUUUUCUUCGUUGUCGUCACCACGACCCUUCUUAACCUUCACUUCGUUACAACUUACUUUUUUUUUGUACACUCGUUUUGCCGAAUGGCAUUCUUUUUGGACCGGAUACGGAUUGCAUCAUGGAUUGAUUAUUUUUGGCACUAAGGAUAUCACAGCGUUGGCAAGUGGACAGUGCAAUUGGCAGAGAGGGUGGUUUAUUUCCUUGGGUUUCUCCUUUUCCUAUCGGGAAAAAGGCUUCUUUUUUGUUUGAUAUUCCCCGUGCCACAUAAAACCGG